AUGGGACAGGGAGCCCUGGGAGAGCCGAGCUCGCCGGGCUCUGAAAGUGCGGGAAGAGUUAAAGCAGGGAACUGGCGGGAGAAAUGGGCUGAAAUUCCUGCCAGGUCAGUCAGGUUAGGCACCAAGAACUUCGGGUCGGGAUCCGACCUCAGGGAAGCCCCCCGAAGUCUGAGCCGGAGGCGUCGGGAGAGGGGUGGAACGGAGGCGGACGGACGGACGGCUCCAGCUUCGGCCCCGGGAACAGAGCGGGCCGGUGCCUCCCGCCCGCCGCACCUCCAGGGGCGGACCUGCAUCGGGACCCUCUGCUGUCGUCCCCAGAUCCAGACUCGGAUUGCUAACGAAAAGUACCUAAGGGCCCACAAGGAAGUGGAGUUGCUCCUCAGUGGCUUCUUCAGAGAGAUGUUCCUGAAGAGACCGGACAGCGUCCUAGAGUUUGCUGCAGACUAUUUCACGGAUCCAAGACUUCCCAACAAGAUUCACAUGCAGCUAAUUAAAGACAAGAAAGUGACUUAAUCAGCUGUUGGGAGAGACCAGACGGAACCCAGCCUUGGGGUCAUCUGGAAGCAGGAGAGCCCAGGCUGCCCUGGGGUCUGUCUGCUGCGACAGGCUUUGGGAGAGCCUCAUUAAAACCAGACCUUCCCGCUCUCCUUGCCUUGUCUCACUGAGCAGGAGGAGGGCACCAGCCUGUGUGUCCUCCCGGGUGGCCAGAGGCCCGGGUGGGCGCCGCUCCCAGAUCCAGGACUGGCAGGAGGUGGUGGGGUGCCUGCCCGAGGGCCACGGCCCAUCCGCACCUCAAGUGUCACUUUUAUUCCACAGAUGACUGAUGGGCGGGGAGGUCGCACAACACCGGGAAAGGCCAUCUCAGGGCGACCCGGAGCCGGUGGA